UAUGAAGUGUUUUAACAAACCCUCGCAGCGCAGCAGCCGCCUCGCGCCUGUCGCUGCACGCCCUCGCGCUCUUCCGCGUUAUAAACCAAGACGCCAAGUGGCUGUGAGCUUCAGGCCACUCCCUCGCCUCCUCGCCCGGGGACGGAAGAGCUCUCUCGUUCUUCCACCGCGUCGCCUGCCUUAUUCUGUUGGGUUGUUUUUUUUUUUUUUUACAAGACUAUGCGCUGGGCCGAGAAAUGACGGACGCCAGCGCCAUCGAGGAGCUACAGUCGGAGCUCACGUGCCCGGUGUGUUUGGAGCUCUUCCGCGACCCGGUGAUCCUCGAGUGCGGGCACCACUUCUGCCAGCUGUGCAUCAUCCAGUGCUGGGAGGCCAAGGCGGACGAGCUGUCGAGUUGCCCCAAGUGCAGAAAGUCAAGCGGCGGCAAGCUGCGACCCAACUCGCUGCUGUGCAACGUCGUGGACAGCGUGCGCAGGGCCCGGGUGGUGGACACCGCCGGGGCGAUGUCCGGCUGGACCUCCGAAGACGCGCCGGAGGAGCCCGAGGACCGGGAGCCCGGGUCCAGCAUGAGCAGCCUGGCCUCGUCCGUCGGCCACUGGCCGCGCGUGGGCUCGGACAUGGACAUGUGCGAGGAGCACGAGGAGAAGCUGAAGCUGUACUGCGAGGACGACCAGCUGCCCAUCUGUCUGGUGUGCGGCAUGUCCAGGGAGCACAAGACGCACAAUGUCAUCCCCAUUACCGAGGCCUUUGAAAACUACAAGGACAAACUGUCAGUCGCUCUAGAGCGGGUUCAGCUGCAGACGGCGGAGGCCACGCUCUUCCAGAGGCACACCAAUGAAAAGAUCCUCCACAUCAAGGAGCGAGCAGGAGAUCUGGAGGAGAUGGUGACCGCAGAGUUUGGCCUUCUGAGGGAGUUCCUACUGGAGGAGGAGGUGCGCAUAAAGGAGAAACUGCAAAAGCAGAAGGAUGAGAAGCUCAACCAGCUGGAGGAGGUGCUGACCCAGACCACAGAGCAAAUGAGCCAAAUGGAAAGUACGGCCGACCAGCUUCGCCUCAAACUGACGGAGGAGGAAAACCCGGAGCAACUCAAGGGAAUCAAAGAUUUCAUCGGAGGGGCUGAGAGCUGGUUUGAACGCCCCUCAGAGGUGGUCGAGGAUCUGCAGUCCGGAGAGUUUCUGGGUCCUCUGCAGUACAGGACCUGGAGGACAAUGAGCUCCGUCCUUCAGCCAGCUAUCAAAGCAGUAACCCUGGACCCGGACACGGCCUACCCGUGCCUGCGGGUGUCCCCGUGUCGCACCAGCGUCCAGAUGGGAAAGAUCCAGCCAAACCUGCCCAACAACCCGGAGCGCUUCACCCUCUACAACAUCGUCCUGGGCUCCGAAGCCUUCUCGUCUGGCAGGCACUACUGGGAGGUCGAGGUGGGCUCCAAGACGGCGUGGGGGCUGGGCGUGGCCGCGGCCUCCGUCAACAGGAAGGAGGAGAUCAGCCUCUGCCCCGACGACGGUUUCUGGAACCUGGUGCUGAGGCACAACGCAGACGGCGCCUGCGAGUACGAGGCGUGCACCGACUCGGAGGACAGCCUGAUCUAUCCUUCCAGCCCCCCCAGGAGGGUGGGGGUCUAUCUGGACUACAACAGCGGCGACGUGGGGUUUUACGACGCAGGCAACAUGAGCCACCUCUUCACCUUCUAUAAUGCAAGAUUCAAAGAGCCCGUCUUCCCGUACUUUAAUCCCUGGCCGAUCAUCAACGGGAGCAACCGGGAGCCGCUCACCAUAGUGACGCCACGCUGGGGGGCGAUGUCGGAGUAGAGAUGCAGAUGAGGAUUUAGCAGACGUGAAACCUUGAUGGACUGGUUUCAUGAGCACUCGUCAUACUGCGCUGUGUUAACGGUGAUGGGGGGGGAUGAUGGACACGCAGGAAACGAGGGCCGGGAAUGUUAAUUUUUUCAAAAGAAUUCCAGCAUCAGUAACCAUGAAGUGAUACCAAUAGUGUACUGCAUUCCAGAAAGGUUUUUUUUCCCUAUUCAUUCCGAAUCGAUCAUGUGAUCCAAAGCAUUCAGUUGCCAAAAAUGAUCCACCAAACGCAUUUAUUUUUAUCACAUGUACGGUGACCACCUGACGAUCAAAUACGCCAAGCUCAACUUCACCCCACCUGGGACUGUACGAGAAAAACAUACAAAUUGUUAUGUUUUCUUUGGAUUCUGGGUAAAAAGACCUGAAUGCAGGAAUUCUUUAACCCGGAUAAGUGUCAAUACCACUUUACUUGGUACUGGGUUUGCUUUUUCAUUAAACGGUACCAAUACGGCCCUACAGGUAACCGGCAACGUUCUUUCAAGACAAAUUACAUUUAUUUGAAUGUGUGUAAUCAUAAGAGAAGUUAUCUCAAGCAGGACUAAACACUAUGAUUUGUAGGACUUAGAUGGAAACUACUAAAAUUCAUUACAAAUGAGCCUCUUUAAAGGACAUGUCAUUGCUUGAAAGUAUGCAUUAAACACGUUUGUUUGAGUUAAAGGAUAAACACAACACGGUUUGGUGGUGAACACUGAAUGUAAAUACUUUUAAUAACUUUUUAUAAAAAAAUGCAAUUGUGCAA